GCGACGUGGGCGGAGUCGCAAUGGCGCUCCUUGUCCUUAGUCACCACCGGGCCCUCGCUCCCGCGUCGACGCUGGUCUGGGGAGCCCCUGUGGUGUGGGGCCGCAGAUACUCACCGCGGCCGGGUUCCUCGGCGCCCCGGCAUCGCACGUUCCGGUGCAUCGUCCCGCAGGCCCGUGGAUUCGGGGCCGCCCUCACGGCCGGGCCCAGGGCGGACGUGAGCUAGGCUGGUUGCUGCUCGGAGCCUGGCUGAGAUACUAUUAAUAUUUCAGCUUAUCUGCAGAAGGUGACUCAGCCAGCGUCCUUUCUGAAGUAUCCGUUCACCAUUGGCUCACAAGAGAAACGAAAUCAGCUGCUCACUGCGAAGGUUUUCUCGGCUUUGAGCCAGGCUGGAAAAUCUGCAUAGCAGAUGAGUCCAGCUCCCACUGGGCAUGAAAAGCUCAUCGCAGUGAAUCAAAAGCCUGAAAGUAUUUCUCUUGUAUCUGGGUCACCCUUCUUGCUCCUUCCUUUAAAAACUAAAGCUCAGCAUUGGAAUUCAAGAUGCACUAAUACGGUUUUUAGACAAGAAACAAAUUUAACGUAUUUGGCGAUUCAAGUAACCAAAAACUAUGUAGAAUAAAACCUUAAGUGAUGGCUGCAUUAAGUAUAAUAAAAGCUUAUCGCUGGAAACAGUUAUGUAAGAUGAACCAAGGCCUUCACACUCUGGAGUUUGUAGGAAACAUUCCCGUAAUCGUUUUGUCACCUAAUGUGCACAAGGACUUCUACUGGGCAUGGUCGCUGAUGGAAAGCUUUAUGAACCACCGUAUCUUCAGCUAACUCACAUGCUAAUAGUUGUGUUUAUUUUGCAACACAGCAUCCACAGUUUGGAUGAAACAGGAUAUUGUUAAUUGAGGAUUCUAGGACAGAGCAGACAUUUAGUAAUGAUGCCUGAAAUCAACACUGACAACCUCGAUAAACAGCAGGUUCAACUCCUGGCAGAGAUGUGUAUUCUUAUUGAUGAAAAUGACAACAAAAUUGGGGCUGAGACCAAAAAGAAUUGUCACCUGAAUGAAAACAUUGAGAAAGGAUUAUUGCAUCGAGCUUUUAGUGUCUUCUUAUUCAACACCGAAAAUAAGCUCCUGCUACAGCAGAGAUCAGAUGCCAAAAUUACCUUUCCAGUACCUCAGGAUGAAGUGACCACAGAAGGAAAACAAAAAGAAAACAAGUGAGAUAUACCCAAAGGAAAAAGGCAUGAAUAACAGAUUACUGACAGUAUCAAUCUGGCUCCACAUUCACCUGCUAUGAAAGGUACAAAAAUAAUCUCUCAUCCUGAAAUGACAGAAAACUACCAAAAAGGAAGAAAUCUCAGAGCCCUUCCAGCCUGCAACCUCUCUAGUUAAGAAAUUAAAUUAACAAAGCUCAGGAGGACCGGUGCUCAUUAAAGCCCUUUCACACUUUUCUGAAACACUUUACAUGUAACUGGCAUUUUAAAAUAAAUAGUGCAGAGGACGGAAGAUGGCAGCAC